AUAAAAACGCACACAAGUGUAAUUUGAAGCGACGGUUGCAGCUCUCGCGCGGCAUGAAGCGUCUUUUAGGCUAUCCUUUUCACACUUACGCGUUUAAAUCAGCUCUCUCGCUCGUAAGGAGUGUUGUGUCAGUCAUUUCAAAUAUUGCAACGGUAGACUCAGUUUGCGCUCGUCAAAAAUAUUGUUAUAAUUAACAUGCCGAAAGCUUGGAGAUCUAAGAAGAUUCUGGCUCUGUUACCUCCUCCAGAUUCAGAAGGUUCGGAAUUAGAAUCUGAAGAUGAUGAUGAAAGAAGAAUAGUAGCACGUGAGUACUUCAGAAAUGACUUCAGUUGUUCUUCUUCCGUGAGAAGUAUUUCGUCUGAAAUGUAUGACCUACUUCAAGAUCUUAGUGACUUAGAUGAACCAGAGCCAGAAUCAGGAACUCAGUCAGGAAAAGACAAUCCGCUCGUAAAUCAAAAUGAAUCCCUACCAUCCACAUCAUCCUCAUCUUCGUUUGUAGCUAGACCUCAAAAUCUACCUCCAUGCUUUGUACCACCUACACCAUCUACAAAUUCCGUAACAUCUCCACUGACACCAAGUUCAGCAACAACACGUCGUCGUACUAGACAAAUCGCUAAUAUUGAGUCAUCAUCAUCAAUGCUUCUUCCAUCAACAGAACCUGCUGUAAAAAAGCGUAAGCUAAAACAAUUAGGAUUUACAUUUAAGAAAACCAAAUAUACAGGAACCGUGGAAGUGGAUACAAGGGUUACUUUUGCAGAACAAUUUGAAGUUAAGACACCGCAACAAUAUUUUAAAAAGUUUUUUAGCGACGAACUAUUAGAUUACAUAGUAGAUAUGACUAACCUUUAUUCUGUUCAAGAUCAAGGUAAAUCUAUUAAUGUUACCAAAAAAGAAAUAGAAAUAGUACUGGGUAUUGUCAUUAUAAUGGGAAUUGUUAAGAUGCCAGCUAUCGAAGAUUAUUGGAGUAACGACCUUCGUUUUGAACCCAUAGCAUCUGCUAUGGGUAUCAAACGUUACAGAACCAUCAAACGCUUUCUACACUUUUGUGAUAACACAAAUGUAGAUAAGAAUGACGGCUAUCACAAAGUUUCUGCUGUGAUGGAACAUGUCCAUCAGCAGUGUCUCAAAUUGGAAGAAGAAAGAUCAUUUGCUAUUGACGAAAUGAUAAUACCAUAUAAAGGGAAGAAAGCCGGCAAUCGGAAACAAUACAAUCCCAAAAAAACCCCACAAAUGGGGUUUUAAAUUUUUAGUUCGGGCGGGCACCUCAGGGAUGGUAUAUGAUUUUUUCCCCUAUGAUGGUGCAAAUACCUUUCAGCGAGUACCAUUUACAGAAUGGGAAGAAAAUUAUCUCGGCGUUGGCGGCAAAACGGUUGUUAGAUUAUGUAAAACUAUAUCUAAUAAAGUUCUUUCCACAGUUUACUUUGAUAACUGGUUCACUUCUUUAGAAUUGCUUCAUUACUUGCGAAACGAGUUUGGUAUUCUAUCCUUGGGAACAAUAAGAAAGGAUAGACUGCGCAAUUGCCACCUAAGUAGUGAUAAAGACAUGAAGAAGAAAGGUCGAGGAACAUAUGAAGUUGUGUGCGAUAACGGCAAAAGAUUGGCAGUUACAAAGUGGGUAGACAACCAAUGUAUACACAUUGCCAGCUCCUUUUGUGCCCAAGAUCCUGUCACUACGAUCGACAGAUACGACAAAAAAGAAAAAAGGCGAGUUUCUGUGUCCUGUCCACAUGUAGUCAAAGUGUAUAAUGCACAUAUGGGUGGAGUAGACAUUGCAGAUAUGUUGACUGCUUUGUACAGGAUACGCAUGAAGACGAGGCGCUGGUAUUUAUCAAUUUUUGCCCAGCUUUUGGAUAUUGCACUCAACAAUAGCUGGCUGUUACAUCGUCGUGAUUGUAUGCAAAAUGGACACGAAAAUAAAUUAUCACUAAAAAAGUUUCGCAUACAGGCUGCUCUUGCACUCAUGACAACCAACACCAAAUCUCAAUUCCCAAGAGGAGCACUUGAUCCUGGGCCUGAUACAAUUACCAAGCCUUUUAUACCUCGUCCUGUGGAUGAAUCACGCCUCGAUUGUUUUGAUCAUUUUCCCGUUUACACGUCUCAGGGGCGAUGUCGUUUGUGUAAGAGCGGAAAAACUAUGGUGUUGUGUUCAAAAUGUGAACAGAGACUCUGUUUCACAGUAAAAAAAAAUUGUUUCUUAUUAUUUCAUAAAAAUAAAUAAUUAUCUUUUUGUUUU